AUAUCUUUCAGCUCAUUCUUCCAGCUAGGGUUACCUUCUUCACACCCCCAUCUCACUCCACCACAAUUCUAGAGAGAGAAAAUUAGGGUUUUCAUUCUAACCCACUCAAUCAAUCAAUCUAUGGAGCAGAUCCAUAACCACGAUUGGGACGAAGAAGGUGAUCACAACCCCACCAAUCUAUCGCCAUCCACCGAUAGCAAGAUGGUUAUAAAACUCAAGAUCCCCAAGCAACAAACACCAGAGAAUAGUAACGAUAAAGAUAAAGAUGUGAUCGGGAUCUUGAACUCGAAACAAUCAGAAGAUCAAGUGAAGAAGAUCUGUUUGGAAUGUAACAAAGAGUUCAGCUCAGGAAAAGCAUUGGGUGGUCACAUGAGGGUUCAUGUUCACAACAAAAACCCUAAUUCUCUCAAACCUCAAAAAACAAACAACAAUGGCGAUUAUCAUCAACAACUUAUUACUAAACCCUAUUAUAUGAACAGUGUGAAUCAUGAAGGUAAACCUACAUGUUCUCAAUGCGGUAAAACUUUUCCAUCUAUGAAGUCGCUUUUCGGUCACAUGAGAUGUCACCCUGAGCGCGUGUGGCGUGGCAUUGUUCCACCACAAACCACCGUCACCACCGCCGUACGCCACCGUGAUCACGUGGUUGAUUUGACGAGGUUUUUGGAGCAGUGGCCGGUGAGGGAACGUAGAGGGAGAAAGGCGGUGAAACCUGCUGAAGACGAUGUUGUUUUACUCGAAGCGGUGAAGGAUCUCAUGAGUUUAGCUAACGCCGCCGCCUACGGUGGUUCUAGGGCGGUUAUGCGGGAAGAAAUCAACGGGAGACCACCAGAGAAAGAGGAGGUGGAAGACGGUGAAUCCGAUAAUGAACAGUUGUUGAUUAACUGUAAGUUGAAGAUCAAGAAACCGAAACGAAUGAAACUGAUGGAAUUAGAACAGAACGACGUCGUAAACAUGGUCAACGAUGGGUCAACUCACUUACAACAAGGUGUUAAUGAGUGUAAGUACAGAUGCACAACAUGUAACAAAUGUUUUGCAACUCAUCAAGCACUAGGUGGGCAUAGGUCAAGUCACAACAAGCCCAAGAUGAUGUCACCUAGCCGUCAUAUAAUAGAAGAAUAUGAUCACAAAGAUCACAAAGCCUUUGUGAUGAGUGUAUGUGGUGAGAAUAUGGAGAAAGAAGGUGUGCAUCAAUGUAAGAUAUGUGACAAGGUGUUUGCUACUGGACAGGCUUUGGGUGGGCACCAAAGGUGUCAUUGGACCGGGGCAACGGUGGGACCGGCUUUGUCGAGCCAGAUUACGUCAACCGGAGAAGGUAGCAGUGGUCGGAAAGUUCUUGAUAUUGAUCUGAAUGAGGUUCCGGUCGGUAUGAUGGAAGAAGAUGAUGGUGGGAAUGGGAAUGGGUAUGCUUCUUCAUCAUAUAACUCAAAUAUAUGUUAGUUAUUUUUUAGUGGUUUUACGAACUUUGGACUAGAAAAUAAGUCAGUUGGUUGUUUUUGUUUUCGUUGAGGUUAAACGUACCCUAUAUGUUUAUGUUUAUGUUUAACGCAUUUGUUAAAAAAGUAGAUUGAUAACGUGACUGA